AUGACUCAGACCAUUCAGAUCGAGCCGCGUACCGGGACCGCCUUUCUGCUGGAUAAGGGACAGCGUCUAACAGUGAUCGAUCCCACGGGUGUACAGGUGUCUGAUCUGGUCGCCUUCAACCGGCACGACCCACGUGAAGUCAUCUCCAACGGCCGCACCUUUGACUACGCCAGCAAGCUGUAUCUUAGCACCGGAGACCCGAUCUACUCCAACCGCAGCAACGUUCUUCUCAGAAUCAUUGAAGACACAUGCGGCAAACACGACUUUCUGCUCACCCCGUGCUCCAAAGACACGUUCCGCAUCAUAUACGGAGACAAAGAACCCCACCAAGGCUGCUUUGGCAAUUUGACCAACGCAUUGAAAGCUUACGGCAUUGGGCCUGAUCAGAUUCCUUGCGCCUUCAACUGCUUUAUGAAUGUUCCGAUCGGCCAAGACGGUACAUUUACUGUCCAACCCCCGAGCAGCAAACCCGGAGAUCAUAUCGAUUUCAUUGCUGAGGAAGACCUGAUCAUAGGCAUGACCGCUUGUUCAGCGCUGCAGUCCAAUGGCGGCAGCUUCAAGCCCAUCCAGUAUCGUAUCAGUUGA